ACACAGGAAGGUCACACCAUCCCUCACCGUCAUCAGUGUGGAAACCUCAGGGAGUAUAAUAUUGUUGUUAAAGAGGAGGAUGAGGAGUAUAGUGCGAUGAAGGAGCCUUCAGAAGUACUCAAGGAUAUAAAGGAGCCACCCAAUACUAGAAACCCAACAGAGAGAUGUCCCCGUCCUCUGUAUUCCCAGGAUUCCACACAGGAAGAUCACACCAUCCCUCACCAUCAUCAGGGUGAAGAUCUGAUGAAUAUGAAAGUUGAGGGUGAAGUAGAAGAGACGUAUGUGAGUGAUGAUCAGCAAUAUAUGGAGGAGGCUGGAAUGAAGAGGAAAUUUAAAGAGGAGGAGGACACUCCUACAGAGAUCAGCACAGGACACUUCAUGGAGAAACCCUCAAAGGAUCAUCUCACUUUAUCUCCAGGUUAUGAAAUGGAAGAUGAGGACAUCACAGGAGAUUGUGCAGGAGAAAAGACAAUGAGCUUAGUUAUGCAUGGUGAACUUCACAAUGGGGAUAGACUGUCAAAUCCCUCUGACUCUGAACAAUCUCCUACUGUGAGGGAUGAUGCCAAAAUUCAGGGGGAGGGGAAAUGUUCCUGUCCUGAAUGUGGGGAAAGUUUUAGCUCUGAAUUAAGUCUUACUGUACAUCAGAGAUCUCACACGGGUGAGAAGCUUCAUACCUGUUUUGAGUGCGGGAAAUGUUUUAGAACAAAGUCAAAACUAGUUAGACAUCGGAGAUCUCAUCCAGGCGAGAAGCCAUAUUCCUGCCCUAAGUGCAAUAAAUGUUUUGCAGAGAAAUCCACACUUGUCACACAUCAGAGAUCUCACAGGGGGGAGAAGCCACAUUCCUGCAGUGAGUGCCGGAAAUGUUUUUUAUGGAAGUUAGACCUUGUUAGACAUCAGAGAUCUCAUACAGGACAGAGGCCGUAUUCCUGCCCUGAGUGUAGGAAAUGUUUUUCACAGAAAUCAACACUUGUUAGACAUCACAGAUCUCACACAGGCAAGAAGCCGCACUCUUGCCCUGAGUGUGGGAGAAAUUUUUCACAGGAAUCAGAUCUUGUUUCACAUCAGAGAUUGCACACUGGAGAGAAGCUAGCCUGCCCUGAGUGUGGGAAAUGUUUUACAGCAAAAUCAAAACUUGUUAGACAUCAGAUAUCUCACACGAGAGAGAAGCCAUACUCCUGCCCUGAGUGCGGGAAAAUGUUUUCACACAAAGUAAACCUUGUUAUACAUGAGAGACUGCACACGGGGGAUACGCUAAUUUUCUGUCCUGAAUGUGAGAAAUGUUUUACAAAGAAAUCAGAUCUUGUUAGACAUCACAGAUCUCACACGGGCAAGAAGCCGCACUCUUGCCCUGAGUGUGGGAGAAAUUUUUCACAGGAAUCAGAUCUUGUUUCACAUCAGAGAUUGCACACUGGAGAGAAGCUAUCCUGCCCUGAGUGUGGGAAAUGUUUUACAGCAAAAUCAAAACUUGUUAGACAUCAGAUAUCUCACACGAGUGAGAAGCCAUACUCCUGCCCUGAGUGCGGGAAAAUGUUUUCACACAGAGUAAACCUUGUUAUACAUGAGAGACUGCACACAGGGGAGAAGCUAAUUUUCUGUCCUGAAUGUGAGAAAUGUUUUACAAAGAAAUCAGACCUUGUUAGACAUCAGAUAUCGCACCGAAGGGAUAAAUCGUAUUCCUGCCUGAAUUGCAGAAAACUUUUUUCACAAAAAUCAGACCUUGUUGAACAUCAGAAAAUGCACACAGGGAAGAUGCCAAAUUCCUGCUCUGAAUGUGGGAAAUGCUUUACACAAAAAUCCAAACUUCUUAGACACCAGAGAUCUCACACGGGGGAGAAGCCAUAUCCCUGUCCUGAGUGUGGGAAAUGUUUUUUACAGAAGUCAGACCUUGUUAGACAUCAGAGAUCUCACACAGGGGAGAAGCCAUAUUCCUGCCCUGAUUGUGGGAAAUGUUUUUCACAGACAUCAAACCUUAUUUCACAUCGGAGAUUGCACUGUAUGCAGGAAAUACUUUGCAGAGAAAAUAAAACUUGUCAGACAUCAGAGAUCUCACAAGGGGGAGAAGCUAUGUUUCUGACCUGAGUGUGGAAAAUGUCCUUUGUAGACAUCAAGAGAUCUCACACAGGAUAGAGGCCUUAUUCCUGUUCUGUACAUGGGAAUGUUGUAUACAGAAAUCAGAUGCUGUUAGGCAUCAGAGAUUGCACAUGAGCGAGAAGUCGUAUUCCUGCCCCAAGUUUGGAAAAUGUUGUAUAAGGAAAUUAGACCUUGUUAUACAUCAAAGUUCCCUGAGUGGUACAGGAAUGAGCUUACUUACAAUUCAA